AUGUCGUGUGCGCCGGCAACGACCAUCGCGCGAGCCCUCACUGACUGGCAGGCAGGCGACUUGCGUUCCCUGAACGAACGCGCUUGGAACGGCGAGCCAGGCAUAUUACCCGUCGGCAAGUCUCUAGACUCGUCCCUCAAGAAGAACACGGCCUUCAUUAAACGAUUGCGCACCGCCAUAUCGUCUGCCACCCUCAAUACUUUCCUACAGGAGAUCAAGACCCUCAGCCUGUCCAAGUACCUCUCCGAAAUCAUAUCAGCAUGCUACGAAGGCCUCUGCAAGCUCAAGGCCCCCGGCGAGAUCGAGGCCGGCGUCGAGAUCGUCAGUGCGUUGCACCAGCGCUUUGGACCCGCCGAUUUUACCGAGUAUCUGGGAUGGCUGCUUGGCAAGGGUAUGGCUACACCAGACAAGAGUUUGCUCAAGACCUUGACCGCCGAGGUUCGCGAGAAGGAAGAGAAGGAGCGUCUGGUGCGCCAGCGAGCUCUCCUACGGGUCGUCACCGAGCUAUGGCUCGUCGGCGUUCUUCGCACGCUCGAUGACGUCAAACCCGAUGAUGCAGCACGUGGAACGGGGGCCAAGGACGCAGGUUUGAAGCUCAAGUCCUCUAGUACCGCCAAGGGCGGCGUCGCGGAGCCGUUUCCUCUCGAGGUAUUGAAAGACCUCUUGGGCCACGAUCGAGAGCACGCAAACCUUCCUCUGCUGGUCAUCUUCGUCAAGUCCUUCAGCUGGGACAUUCUAGGCGUGAAACCCUCGGGGUCCGAAGGCCGUAAGACUGUCGAGGAAGAUGGCACAACCAAGACGGCCGAGGAAGUUGCGGAGCCUAUUCAUGGCACCGAUGGCGCUGCCGAUACCGCAGACGACCCUCCUUUCACGAGCCCCGAGCUUCAGGAGCGCUUCAGAAACAUUCUCAAGCGGUACUUUGAAGACGUCAAAGGCCACUUGCUUCGGGACCAGAAGCACAUCGUUGCGCAGAAGGGCCGUAACUCGGAGGCCUACGUCAAGUCAGGCGAAGUGUUCGAGGACCGCCAGGCCAACUUCGAACGUUUGUUGAAGGCGCAGGAGCGCCUUGCGACUAACGCCCAAGUCCUUGCCGAGGCCGUCGGUGCCGAAAUGCCGGACUUGAAGGAUGCUGGAGAUUCAUCUGCGACAACGAAUGGUUCCAUUGGUCUCGUCAAGACCGGCGAGUACCUGCGUGGUCAAAGCGAUGGCGCCGGCAUCUGGGAAGAUGACGAAGAACGCCGUUUUUACGAAAACUUGGUAGACCUCAAGGGCAAGGUGCCCGGGAUUCUCCUCGAAGACGGCAAGAAGAAGAAGCCCGAGGGUGAUGACCAAGUCGGCAAGAAAAUUGAACAAUCAGAGUCGCAGGAAUCGCCAAAGACAACGGAGGUCAACGAGGACCAGUCCACAGCAAUUGCCAACAAGACGAUUGGCGCCCAGGUCGACGCCAUCCUGACUCGACUCCCGGAGUUGACCAACAAGGAUGCUGUGGAUGAGACUGCCGUGGAUUUCUGCUUCUUGAACUCGAAAGCCUCCCGCAACCGUCUCAUCAAGGCAUUGACAGAGGUUCCAAAGGGGCGCACUGAUCUGCUUCCCUAUUGGAGUAGACUUGUUGCCACACUUGGUCAGUAUAUGCCCGACGUGCCGAAAGGUGUUGUCGAGUAUCUCGAUGCCGAGUUUCGAAGUCUUCAGCGCCGCAAGGAGAAGGACUUUCUGGGCCAGGUCCGGCUGAGCAACAUCCGCUAUCUCGCCGAGUUGACCAAAUUCAGCAUCGUGCCCGAGCACGUCGUUUUCCACUGCCUGAAAGUGAGUCUGGACGACUUUUCCCGAAUGAACAUUGAGAUCAUUUGCAAUCUCCUUGAGAAUUGUGGUCGUUUUCUAUUGCGCAAUGGGGAGACCUCCCCUCGUAUGGCAACAUUCCUGGAAACACUGCAACGCAAGAAGUCUGUACAGCAUAUUGGCCAGCAGGAACGCAUGCUCAUUGAGAAUGCCGUUUACUACGUGGACCCUCCUGAGAGGGCUGCUAUACAGCAGAAAGAAAGGACCCCCACCGAGUCCUUCAUUCGCAAGCUCAUCUACGUGGACAUGACUAAGCGCAACUACACCAAGAUACUCAAGCAGAUUCGCCGAUUGCACUGGGAAGAGCCAGAGGUCGUCGCUAUUCUUGCCAGGGUAUUCUCCAAACCUGGCAAAGUUAAGUACGGUAGCGUCCACAUCCUCGCGACGCUGCUCAGCGCCAUCUACCGUUACCACCCCGACUUUGUUGUGGGCGUCAUCGAUACUGUCCUGGAGUCCGUAAGCCGUGGCCUGGAGCAGAAUGACUUCAAGUACAACCAGAAGCGUAUUGCCGAGGUCAAAUACUUGGGUGAGCUGUAUAACUAUAGGAUGCUCGAGCACCCCGUUAUCUUCAACACGAUGUACAAGAUAAUGACCUUCGGACAUGGUGGGGCCCCGAUUCCUGGCCGCCUCAACCCCUUCGACUUGCCGGAUGACUUCUUCCGCAUUCGGCUCGUCGCGACUGUCCUCGAGACCAGUGGCAUGUUCUUCAACCGUGGUGCAGCUGGUAAAAAGCUCGAUUACUUUCUCUCAUUUCUGCAGUACUACAUUCAUACCAAGGCGCCUUUGCCAAUGGAUAUUGAGUUCAUUGUCCAGGACACCUUCGCCCUGACACGUCCUCAGUGGAAGCUGGCCACGACUUUUGAUGAAGCAGCGAAAGCCUUCCAGCUGGCGAUAGCUCAGGACCAGAAGAACGCGGGCAUCGACAAGACAGUCGACCCUGAUGACGUUGAUAGUGAGGCCUCGUCUGACGAGGAUGAUGCUGCUGAAGGCGAGGGUGACGAGAUUCUCCCUGUGGCAGACGGUGAAGAAGAUUCGAACUCUGAGGACGAUGAAGACAUCGACGAAAUGGAGCAAACUCCAGAUUCUCCUCAGUAUGCAGACUCUGAAGAAGAAGAAAUCGUUGUCACUAGGAACGCAGGAACGAUCGACCCCGAGGAUGAGGCCGAAUUUGAGCGUGAGUAUGCGAAGAUGAUGGCUGAGAGCUUAGAGUCCCGGAAAUUCGAACGCAAGCCACUGUUCGACGUUCCUCUGCCUGUUCGGUCGAAGGCACGAGAGACCGCGCCGACAGUGGAUACUGGUGAUGCCAGCAGCGAGAUUCCGACAAACACAAUGGCUUUCUCACUCCUCACGAAGAAAGGAAACCGACAACAGACUCGCAACGUCGAGCUUCCCUCGGAUUCCAACUUUGCUGUUGCCAUGAAGACUCAACAGUUAGCAGAAAAGGAGGAACAACAGCGCAUCAAGAAUCUAGUGCUGAACUACGAUCUUCGCGAGAAUGAGGACCAAGAUGGUGACACUACCGCUAUUCCCCUUCGCACCAACUCCAAUGUUCACAAUUCCAUGAAAGCAGGUCAUGAAAAGCCGACGUCGUUUCACAUCAACCGUUCCGAUAAACAGGGCAAGGAGCGUGGCGCGCAACGCGUCCGCAGGCUUCAAAUGAACGACCUGGACUGGUACGAUAGAUCUUCCUCAGAAAAGAAUGACCAGGCAGCAGCGACAUCUUCGGAUGCCGAGUCUUCUCGUCACAUGGAAGCAAGUGACGAGGGUCGGUCUGCACAAGAUGCAGCAAGCAAGCGCGAAAAACAGGGUCCAUCAAGCAAGCGCGGCGGACACUGUGCUGCAUCUCAGACUCGAGGACAACGUCAGGCUCCACGCUCGAAGGGCCGUCGUCGUUGCAAGCCGGUGUUCAUUGGAAAACAUACCAUCCUCAACUAUGCACAUCUACGAAGUUUCGUCCUCUCCGACAAUGCCACGGCCAUCGAGUCGGCGACAUGGGAACAAGCCCGUUCCGCACACGGCGCCAACAGUAUGACGAGAUCGCAUAUCCGACAAGCGACCACGCAUCUACAAUAA